GCAAAACAAAAACUGAGAGGGUGUCCAAAAAAAAAAAGAAGAAAACGUUGUUGGUCCCUGGAUGCCACUGUUGGAUUUUGGUGGGGAUGAGAAGAGAGGACCACUGGGUGUGAUCAAGCAAAGGCACCUGCACGGUAAGUGGACACUAGGAAGCUACUCUACCCUCUCUUACGGGAAUGAUGCUGCAGGGAGAGGGCUGCUCUCAGCAGUUGGAGAGUUACUGGGUGUCCUAGACCCUACCCCAGACCUUUCAAUGAUUCCACAGCCCUUAAAGAAUGCGUUCCAGAAGCAGUGACACAGAGGGCUCAGCCCAAAAGCAAUUUCCAAGACAUAGUGAAGACUACAGUUUCCAAGGUCCUGAGAACAUGAAGCAGAGACAGCAAGACAAAGACCCCACCAGUGAGUCGGAUGCAAUGCUUCCGUAUCCUAAGUCACACAGUGGUAAUGGCCACCAAGGAGAAGACCUCUCAAGAGACGACUUAUUAUUUCUUCUCAGCAUUCUGGAGGGAGAACUGCAGGCUCGAGAUGAAGUCAUAGGCAUUUUAAAGGCUGAUAAAAUGGACUUGGCUUUGCUGGAAGCUCAGUAUGGGUUUGUCACUCCAAAAAAGGUGCUAGAAGCUCUCCAGCGAGAUGCUUUUCAGGCAAAAUCUGCCCCUUGGCAGGAGGACAUCUAUGAGAAACCAAUGAAUGAGUUGGACAAAGUCGUGGAAAAACAUAAAGAAUCUCACAGACGAAUCCUGGAACAGCUUUUAAUGGUAGAAAAAUCUCACAGGCAAACCAUAUUAGAGUUGGAGGAAGAAAAGAGAAAACAUAAAGAAUACAUGGAGAAGAGUGAUGAAUUCAUAAGCUUGCUAGAACAGGAACGUGAAAGAGACAAAGAUGGAGAACCCCCGUGGCUUCUUCAUGUAGAAGAAUUCAGUGGCUUACUCUCAACAUUCCUUUGAAAGAUAAGAUUUUUAUCAAUAAACAAAGAGGCACAAAAUAACAAAAAUGUUGGAAGGGGGAAAAAAAUCACUCCUUAAUUUUCACCUGUGUUGAAAUCUAAGUGAGGCAUGCCUCAAUAACAAAGCAGAGCAAAUCAGAUAAAACUUCAUCCUGAAAAAAACCUCUGGAUGGCAAGAAAUGAAUUCUCUUCUAGACUGGAAGGGUUUAAUCUUGAAACAUACCUCCUUGUCUCCUCUGAAUAAGCCUGUAUUUUUCAAAUUGAUUUUAUUUUGUUUGUUAGGGAACAUGUGGGGCAGUCACUCAGUUUCCACUUCCAGUUCCAGAAAGAAGCCUCAGGAAUCCAAAGAGGUUUGUAGCUUCGGAACGAACUUUUCUUGUACCAUGACUGAACGCUCAGAACUCACCAAAGCAUGCAAAGAACCCAAAGAAAGUUGGUUAGCUUCUUUGGACUUCAGAUAUACCAUACAAGGGUGAGAGAGGGAAAAAAGGACAAACAUACAAUCGCAGGCAAUUCAGAUGAACCCAAAUUCCAAAAUGUUUCAGAAACAAUGUUCAAGUUCUGCUUUUAUUAAAUGGUGAUAGCUAAUUCAUACUUUCUUGUCGAUGGUGUAUUUAUUAACAAUUAUUUUCAUUUAAAAUAUAUCCAAAACAUAAAAGGGCAUGUGGCGGGGAGGAUGCUGCAGCCUCAAAUGCCUUCAGGGGCCAGCAGGGUAAGGUAAAUGACAGGAGCAGGCUGGCUGUAUACAAUAGGGAACGGUGAAGACCUCGAAAACCUGCAAAGCUCAAGCCCAUCUGGUUAGCUAUCUAAAUAAUUACUUCAGUAUUAUCAAUAAAUAAGAAAUAGGCCCUAUGACACAGUUGAUCCAGAAAUGAAGAAGCAAGACUUUAGGAGUCCAGCUCUGAGAACAAGAUAUGUAUGGUGAAGAAAGAGAACCAAUGUUCUCUGGAACCUUGUAACAGAAGAUGUGUACUGAAUCAGGAGGAUAAGCACUGGGCACCCACACUAGGAAGUACAGGUGAGGUGGACAAGCCUGUUUAUCAUGGCUUCUUUUCUGCCUUCUCUUUCCCACUCGUGUAUAAGCUCCUCAAGAGCUGAGACAUGUUGUUUUGUUUAUCUCUGUAUCCCUAGCCCCUUGAAGAGAGUGCCCAAUGGAUAUUUAUAGAAUAAAUAAGUGUAUUACUCUCUCCAAACACAGUCACUAACAUGAGUACUAUAACUGGUAGCAGCAGCUACGGGGACUUCAAAGAAGCUGUUGGUUUUAGUGGAGACGGCUGCCCAAAGGUCCCCUGCUUUUUUUUUUUUUUUAACUUAAGUAUACUUGAUUUAUAAUGUUGUGUUAGUUUCUGGUAUACAACAAAGUGAUUCAGAUUUUAUGUGUGUGUGUGUGUGUGUGUGUGUGUGUGUGUGUGUAUAAACACGUAUGCAUUCUUUUUCAGAUUCUUUUCCAUUACAGUUUAUUAUAAGAUACUGAAGACAGUUCCCUGUGCUAUACAGUAUGACCUUGUUGUUUAUCCAUUUUAUAUAUAGUAAUAUGUAUCUACUAAUCCUAAACUCCUAAUUUAUCCCUCUCCCCCUUCCCCUUUGGUAACUAUAAGUUUGUUCUCUGUCUGUGAGUUUGUUUGUUUUGUAAAUAAGGUUCCCUGCUUUUUGAUGGCAAAAAUAAAAAUGUGUUAUUCUUUG